AAGCUUCUUCAUCUCCACACCACCACACCCCCCUCCUCCUCUUCAAACUCAACGCCUUAAUCAAUUACACCUUCUCCCCAAAGCAACCUUCUUUACCAAACCCACCUCACCUUCUCUCUCUAAAUAGCAACUCCCCCAUUCCACUCCCCCAUUUUUAUUAUUUUCUCCCUCUUUUUUUUCCCAUUAGCAAAAAUGGCUCGCUUGUUCCGAUCCAAAUCUUGCGGACUCAUCGAGCUCAACGUUGCUCCUCCCAACCAUGAAGACGAAGAAACAGAGAGAGAAGAAGAAGAAGACGAUGAUGAUGAAAAGGGUUACGAAUUUGAUGAAUAUGAAGAAGAGUCGUGUAAAGUGUCGACCCCAUUUCUGAGUCCGAUGAGGAGAGCCAGUAGGGCUCAUAAAGGUCGAGACUUUAAUACAGGGCAGACCAACAACAACCAGUUUGCGAUUGUGGAUAUUCUGGUGGCGGCUCUGAGGAAGUCUCUGAUCACUUGCAGUGUGGAGAGGGAUGACGUGGCGUCCUCCAUUGAUAUUAGCUCACCUACGGAGGUGAGGCAUGUAUCACAUGUGACGUUUGAUAGGUUCAAUGGGUUUCUGGGUUUGCCUACUGAGCUUGAGCCUGAGGUUCCCAGAAAGGCACCUAGUGCUAGUGCUAGUGUGUUUGGGGUCUCUGCUAAGUCAAUGCAGUGUUCUUAUGAUGACAAAGGAAACAGUGUGCCAACAAUACUUCUUAUGAUGCAAAAGCGAUUAUAUUCAGGAGGAGGCCUUAAAGCAGAAGGAAUAUUCAGAAUAAAUGCUGAAAAUACUCAAGAAGAGCUUCUUCGGAACCAAUUAAAUAGUGGUGUAGUGCCUGAUGGCAUUGAUGUUCAUUGCUUGGCAGGUUUAAUAAAGGCAUGGUUUAGAGAGCUUCCAACACGGGUACUUGAUUCUCUUACACCAGAACAGGUGAUGCGCUGCAACACAGAGGAUGACUGCACAAGACUUGUGAAUUCACUUCCUGCAACGGAGGCGUCACUACUCGAUUGGGCUCUCAAUUUGAUGGCAGAUGUUGCGCAGAAUGAACAAUAUAAUAAAAUGAAUGCACGCAACAUUGCUAUGGUUUUUGCUCCUAACAUGACAGAGAUGGCUGAUCCUUUAACAGCACUACUACAUGCGGUGCAAGUUAUGAAUUUCCUCAAGACACUAAUCUUAAAGAUCCUACAUGAAAGAGAGGAAUCAACUGCCGCUGAGGCUACACAGAGCUCAUCGUGCUCAAAAUCUCUCAACUACAAUAAUGAUCUUUCUUGUUCAAUUAUGGGACAUGUUCAGGACAACUCAUUCAGGACCACCACUAUGGACAGCCCUGAGGCCUGCAUUGAUGAGAAACUCUGGUGCUCUCCUGCAAUGAGUGACGAGGAAGAGGAAAUCGAAUCUGAUUCCAAUAGUAGCCCAUGUAGCAAGCAUGAACUUGAGUGUUCGGAAACUGUUUGUAGAUCAGGUGGAUAUGAAGCUGGAGACUGGUUGAGUUUGAGGAAAGGAGUGCGGAAGCUGUGCAACCACCCGGUGUUUCAGUUGAGUAAGCCGGCUAAGAAGACUGCAAGUGUUGGGAUUGUAAAUGCUAGGGGAGGAGGUGGAGAAGCUUGGGCAUAGAAGUGGGAAAGCUGGGAAGUUUUUGUAUUUGUUCAUAUGUUUGUGGUUUGUGUAAAACAUUUUGUUAGUAUAGAUAUCAGGGUUUCGGUUGAUUCUCUAGUCAGAUAAAAUGUUUGGAAGGAACUGAGUAGAGGGGUCUAGUGAAAUAGUGGGACUCUUUAAAGGACAGCCUUGCACCAUUUAAUUAAUAACUGUGUGGUUUAAUAACAAUGAUGGGGAGUUUGAUUGA